ACAUUAUCACCAAAUUUAAUCAAUUUCUUAAUAUUUAGACUUCUGUACCGAAACUCCUUAACCCAUCGAAAUAUCAAUACGAAGUCGGCGUUUCGUGUUGAAUUGGCGUUAUGUGAAAACCUAAAAGAAAAGUGGGUACACACAUUUGUUUUUUAUACUCCAAACGUUUGCGAUGAUUCUCAAGUGAAGUCAAAAAUUGCUGGGUCGGAAAGAAAAAUGGAUAAAAUUUCUAGCGCUUAUCUUCUCAUCGUUGUUACAACUUUCAUCACUGAUCAAGUAUUUUGCGAUGGGUCUCCGCAAGCUCAUCAGAUGCCAUGGCAGUACCCAGGGGAUCUCCGAUCGAAACGACAACUGGCGUACGGCAACAAUGUCGACUACUGCUAUCUCUCAUUUUGUAGACCGAAUGAAGACACCCUCUGCCGAUUCUCUGCUGAUCGGACCUCAACUUACUCCAUGUCUAUUGAGGAAAAAAACCAAGUUCUAUCCAAGCACAACGAACUCAGACAAAAAAUUGCGAAUGGCUAUGAAUCACAGGGUACGACCGGGGGUCAACCGGCUGCGAAGAACCUGUACUCAUUGACCGAACAACAGAGCUUUUCAUUACACCCAAUUGGUUUGGGCAGAAACGACAGAAGUUGGUUGUGGCCUUGUGCGAUUCAAUGACAGAUUUGGGAGCAACGGGCGGUACAGAACUCAACUCGUCUGCAACUACGCUCCUACUGGCAACCGAGUAAAUCGUCCUGUUUAUCAGACGUAAACGUUGGAAUAAAACAUGCAACGAUGAAGGAUCCACAUUCAACAAUGAUACGAUUAUCCGGCUUGUGAUAAAAUAUUAGAAAACAGAAACAUGUUCAAGCAUAAAGCUCAUGACAAUUGGUCGAAUGUAUAGAGAUUAUCAUGCGUACAAAAAAACAUGAUCUUUGUAAAAAAUCGAAACAGAUAAAUUACGAAUAAACUGUAUAAUUAGCACAUUAAAAUAUGAGAAAUCAUUGUGCAAUAUCAUCAUAAGGCCUACGGCUGCGCGUAUGAAAAAUUUGAGUAAAGAUUCCGUGAUUAAUCAGUUGCAUAAACGGGGGUUCGAUAACUUUAAUAUACUUUCAUAUACUACAAAAAUUACUUGAAAAAUAAUCUUGUUGCUGCGGAUGUUUCUAUUUAUUCAAAGUACGCAUGCGCAGUUGCUCUUCAGACCAGGAAUCAUAAUGAAAAAUGAACAUUUCUGACACAGAAAAAUUUGCAUACAUUGCGAUUCGAGAUAAUAAAAGUUGCAUCAAGUA